AUGCCCCGAACACAUACAAAAUCGUGGGUCUUGGCGGGCCCACACAAACUAUACAGACACCUAUUUCAAGCCCGUGGCUGUCGAUCUUGCUCUCUUCCACCACCCACAAUCCUUCUCGGCCUAGAAGCCGUAGUGAUCUUCAGCUUUAGGCGAGCCGGAGUGCUCAAAAAGGCAUCCCCCGACCCUUCUUCAGCUGCUGCAUCCGCACUGUUCGGGACGAUACCGUUGGCAUGGCUGGACACCCUCCACUCACGCGGGUUUCUUUCCAUGCACGAGGAAUGCAAGCUGUUCGCCUGGAUACAUCCCUUGCCCUUCCGCCCACCACCAUCACCACCACCACCACCACCACCACCAUCUCACGACGAAAGCGGUGAUCGCGAAAACUUCAUCCCUCCCACGCAACCUGAAAGACUGACUACGAAAGGAGCGGUAGCUUGGGAGCAUUCCGAACCACUCAAGAGUCUAAAAUCACUAAAACUGCCGAUUGAGAGCUGCGUAACUCCGCAUUCGACCUCUGGAACGCAAACUUGCAUAUCUCAAUUUUCUGUCGUCUUCACCCCAGCGACUUGCGCCCUCCAUUAUCUCGCUCGCUGUCGGCAUGUCUUCAUAGGCACAGAAGGCAGCUGGUGCAUCUCGACAGCACCAGCGGCCCACCCACAACAAUUCUUUCUGCGGCUUCCAGCUUCAGAUGUGCACUGGGCUCCGACGACAAUGCCUCUGCUGCCUUUGGGGCAUUCGACCGGCAACAUGAGAGGCAUGGGUCAAGUCUGGCACGAUGCCAUGGCUUUAGCACCAACAAGUACCAUCUCAUCCCCUUCUUCCGCACACACGGCAGCGAUGGCGGGACUCUACGAUGUGCCAUUGCAGACUCGCGAGUCUCUCGGCUACAACCCCGACUUCAACGCCUCCGCCAUCCUCGCGAGAACACAGCAAUUUCAGCUCCAGAUCAUCGCUUCCACAUUCUCAAGCAUCAGCAUCAUCGCGGCGUUAUGUGCUCUCUACUGGUUUUGCAUGAUGCGCCGCAAUUUCCGCCGCGAUCUGGUGCUUCUCUUACUCAUCGGCGAUUUCUGGAAGUCGGCUUGGUUCUUGAUUUUUUCCAGCACGACUCUUGCCAGAGGGCAUAUCUACACACAGUCGAGCUUCUGUCAGGCGAGCGGCUAUUUCUUGCAGGUGGGCUUGGAAGCGUGCGAUUGUGCCAUCUUCCUGAUGAGCUUACACAUGUCGCUUCAAAUCUUUCCGCCUGCUCGCUCUUUUCUGGGUCACGAUGGGCUCUAUCGGAUACGGCACUUUGUCAUUGCCGGCUGGUUCGUUGUACCCAACAUGAUGAGCGCUUUGGCGUUUGUCAACUCGGGACCGGCAUUUAUUUCCCAGGGUGGAUUCUGCUCGUUGCCUGUUCGCCCCAUCUGGUAUCGUCUGGCUCUGUCGUGGAUCCCGAGAUAUCUCAUUUGGAUCUUCGUCAUGGGUGUAGCAAUCCGCAUAUAUCGGCAUGUGGGAUUUGAGUUUAGGGUGUUUGGGCAGGAGAAUGAUCAGAGUUCGAGUGUCGGCAUUCCGAACAUGGACACAUCAGCAUUGAAUGCCGUUAAUACUGCUGGGACGGUGGCAAUGCGCCGCGACCUUUCGUCAAUCUCGGAUGGCGCCUUUGCAGAGAAGCAGCCGCCUGGCGACGACGAUGUAGCUCCUGAUGAUGAUGAUGACAGCACAGCAAACAGCAAACCAUCCUUGCAUGGGAUUCUCAAAGCCGCUCGAUUCAACGAAGGAAGAAGAUCCUCAGUCCCGACUUGGUCCUCCCCCUUCGCAAACGCCCCCGACUCCGCAGACCAGAUCACACCCGGACCACUCUCACCCACCAGCAAAAGCCUCCCAUCCUCCCGUCGUGGCAGCAAACAAAUCGAACCCGGCAUAGGCGCCGAAGACUUCGCCCCUCCUCCCCCUCUAGACUCCACCAACCGCCCCUCAGCCGAAAACUCCUCCCCAGCCCCCCUCGACACAAUCACCGAACACAAACCCUCCUCCACAACCCGCAACAACCCAAUAAUCUCCAAAUCCCUCGUGCACGAAGAAAACCCCGCAACCACCGCCCUCCACCAACGCCGCAGAGCUAUCCAACGCCAACUCCGUCUGCUCUUCAUCUACCCAACCAUCUACCUCAUCCUCUGGAUCAUCCCUUUCGUCGCGCACGCUCUCAACUACAGCAAUCAUUUCGCCCAACACCCCAUCUACGCCAUCAGCGUCAUCAGUGUCUUCUGCCAAAGCAUCAUGGGUUUCGCGGAUGUGAGUAUUUUCUGUUGGCGCGAGAAGCCUUGGAGACAUAUUCCGGGAAGUGACGGGACGUUCUGGGGCAGUUUUCGGUUUUGGCGGUAUGGGGGGUUUUUUUCUUUGCGGGGGAGGGACGAGCGGAGACGACGGAGUAGUGCGUUCCCUGCAUCAUAUUCAUCUGCCACCACCACCACCACUCAUCAGCCAGAAUUCGAGUCUUCGCAAACGGGGCUCCUCGGUUCGAUCAAGCGUUGGAGCAUGAGUCUUUCUUUUUCCGCGAAGACGAAUUCUUCUUCUUCGCCCCGGCCUUCGAAUGCUUCGGUCCCGGUCGUUCGCGUCCCGACUGUGCAUCGGCGUGCGAGAUCUGGGGGUGGGGCGAGUGAUCGGAGAGUUUUGGAGUCGGAACGGGCGCAUGAGCGUUUGGCGUUGGAGCGCGCGGAGUAUCGACGGAGUUUGCAGGAGAAGAGACGGAGUAGUGUGCUACAGCAGGUACAAUCUCAGCAGCAGCAGCAGCAGGAUGUGCAGUUGGGUCAGGGUGUUACGGAGAGGAAGGAGUGUAUGAUGAUGACGAUGAAGAUGGCAUGGGAUGGGAUGGGGGUUGUGUGUAUGAAUAGAGAGAGAGGAAGUUUGGUUGUGAUAACCCACCCCCUCUACGAAAUCAAUCAAGAAAGAAUCUCGUAUCUGCCUUCAAUCGUAAUGGAAAUGAGACGUGUAUAA